UUCUCAGGCCUGUCUCCGGUCUCUUCCGUCCGCCCCGUACCGGGACGAGCGGAGACUGCCCGAGACGGCGCGAUGCAGUCGAGUGGCGGCGACGCCGAGGCCCCCGGCUGCGGCCUGCGGGUGCUGGUGGUGGGCGGCGGCAUCGCGGGGCUGGGCGCCGCGCAGAGGCUCUGUCGCCACCCGGCCUUCCCGCACUUGCGGGUCCUGGAGGCCACGGCCCAAACUCCAGGUGGCAUCUCCUGUCCCCUCCCAGGUGGUGUGGUGGAGGUAGGCGCUCACUGGAUCCACGGACCCUCCCAGGGCAACCCGGUCUUCCAGCUGGCUGCCAAGUACGGGCUGCUGGGGGAGAAGGAGCUGUCAGCGGAGAACCAGCUGGUGGAGACCGGGGGUCAUGUGGGCCUGCCCUCCGUGUCCUAUGCCAGCUCCGGGGGAAGCGUGAGCCUUGAGCUGGUGGCGGAGAUGGCCAACCUGUUCUAUAGUCUCAUAGACCAGACCCGGGAGUUCCUGCACGCGGCCGAGACGCCAGUGCCCAGUGUUGGGGAGUACCUCAAGAAGGAGCUGAGUCAGCACGCGGCCCGCUGGACAGAAGAUGAGGGCACCAGAAAGCUCAAGCUGGCCAUUCUGAACAGCUUCUUCAACCUGGAGUGCUGCGUGAGUGGCACCCACAGCAUGGACCUGGUGGCCCUCGCGCCUUUUGGCGAGUACACUGUGCUGCCAGGGCUGGACUGUACAUUCCCGGGGGGCUAUCAAGGGCUCCCUGACCACAUAGUGGCCUCCUUGCCCCAGGACGUGAUGACUUUUAACAAGCCCGUGAAGACCAUUCACUGGAAUGGGUCGUUCCAGGAAGCCGUGUCUCCUGGGGAGACGUUCCCAGUGUUGGUGGAGUGUGAAGACGGGACUUGCUUCCCAGCACAUCAUGUGGUCCUCACCGUGCCUUUAGGCUUUCUUAAGGAACGUCUGGACACCUUCUUCGAGCCGCCGCUGCCCACUGAGAAGGCAGAAGCCAUCAGGAAGGUCGGCUUUGGGACCAACAACAAAAUCUUCCUGGAGUUCGCGGAGCCCUUCUGGGAGCCGGGCUGCCAGCACAUCCAGGUGGUGUGGGAGGAUGCGUCACCCCUGCAGGAUGCCGCCCCUGCGAUGCGGGACACCUGGUUCCGGAAGCUGAUUGGCUUUCUAGUCCUGCCCUCCUUCCCGUCCGCCCAUGUCCUCUGCGGGUUCAUCGCCGGGCUCGAGUCCGAGUUCAUGGAGACGCUGUCGGACGCUGAGGUGCUCCAGGCUCUGACCCACGUGCUUCGCAGGGCGACAGGAAACCCCCAGCUCCCGGCGCCCAGGGCCGUGCUGCGGUCGUGUUGGCACAGUGCCCCCUACACCAGGGGCUCCUACAGCUACGUGGCCGUGGGCAGCACUGGCGACGACAUCGACCUGCUGGCUCAGCCCCUCCCCGUGGGCGGAGAGAAGCCCCAGCUCCAGAUACUGUUUGCUGGGGAAGCCACACAUCGGAUGUUUUACUCCACCACGCACGGAGCUCUGCUGUCCGGCUGGAGGGAGGCUGACCGGCUCAUCGCUCUGAGGGACCCCCAGGCACGGCCGCCUGAGCCCAGGCUCUGAGCCUGGCCCCGCUCCUCCUGUGCCAGUGACGGUGGCAGCACCCUUCCCUCUGACAGGAGGAUGUGCAUCGUGGCUUGAGACUUGGAGUGUGUCGUCACCGGGAUCAGCUCUCCCAUUUGUCACAUCUGUUGCUGAGUCUGGCCAGGGCCGAUUUGGAGCUGAGCGUGAAGUCUUCCUAGAGAAGUGACACAGGUGCCACCGCUGGCGCUGGUGGCUCAUACAUAAAGUGUGUCCAAGUCUCCUA